UGGGGCUUCACUCGUCUGUCGUAAGAGUUGUUUGACGUUUAAUGGUUAACAUAAGUUCCUGAGUGUGGGAGGUGUUUUUUUUCUCUGCAGAACGGAACUCGUCUUACCGUUUGAAAUCUAUUAUGGAUAACACAGAAGCAACUAGACGAUUGCAUACCAAAAAGCAAACUUUGGACGACGCAUAUGCCGCCCCUGCCAAUUUUCUGGAAAUCGACGUAAUAAAUCCUAUUACUCACGGUGUUGCAAAAAAACGAUACACGGAUUAUGAAGUCCGAAUGAGGACAAAUUUGCCUGUUUUUAAGAUCAAAGAGUCCAGUGUGAGGCGAAGGUACUCAGACUUUGAGUGGUUAAGAAGUGAGCUUGAGAGAGACAGCAAAAUUGUGGUUCCACCUCUACCUGGAAAAGCAAUCAAACGCCAGCUCCCAUUUAGAAAUGAUGAUGGUAUCUAUGAUGAAGAAUUUAUUGAAGACAGGCGUAAAUCUCUUGAAGGAUUUGUGAACAAAAUUGCAGGACAUCCGCUAGCACAGAAUGAACGCUGCCUCCAUAUGUUUCUCCAAGAGCCAGUGAUUGAUAAGAACUAUGUACCAGGCAAGAUCCGACCUAACUAACUUGUGGUUAUACCAGAUGAAAGUUGUCACUCAUUCCUUCAUUACCUGUUUCUCUUUAACAUCCUCUUUCCCUUCUGUUGGUUAUAAUGAAUUUAUCGUGAAUACAUUCGUAGCGUCUUUAAAACUGUCAGUGCUAUAAAAUUGUGAAGAUCUGAAUUGUUCCGUCAACGCGAUUACACUGCAUCAUGACAUC